GUGGAACAUCUUGGAGAAGAUAUGCAGAUAAAAGAAGAGAAACCGUCCAACUUUUUGCUUUGUUGAUCUUCUUCAUCUCUUUCCCACUUUUUUGAUCACUUAAUCCGGGUCUCUGGCCACAACUAAACAUUUUGAACUUACACACAUACAACAGUUGCUCUACAAUCAAGGCUUUCAUAAAAAAUGAACUCGGGGACGGACAAUGAAAAAAUUCAAGUUACCGGCGAAAUCGACAUGGUCGAAAAUGCCGAAAGCUUCAGCGAAGGGUCUCUGAAGGAAACGCCCAGUAACGGACUCCGACGCGGUCUCAAAGCUAGACAUAUUCAAAUGAUUGCUUUGGGAGGCACUAUUGGUACUGGCUUGUUUAUGGCUUCUGGUAAAGCCAUUUCCACAGGUGGUCCUGGUGGCGCUCUAAUUGGUUAUGCCGCUAUUGGUGCUCUGGUCUUUUGCGUGAUGAUGAGUCUGGGUGAAAUGGCCGCCUAUAUUCCCAUUGCUGGCAGUUUUGCUCAUUUUGCCACUCGCUUUGCCGACCCUUCUCUUGGUUUCUGUGUAGGCUGGAUCUACUGGGCCAACUGGGCGGUGGGUGUGGCCGUCGAAUUAACCGGUGUGGCCAUGAUCAUGGAGUACUGGAUCACUAGUAUCAAUAGCGUUGUCUGGUCCGUCAUUUGUUUGAUCAUUUUGCUCGGCGUCAACGUAUUUUCGGUAAAAGGCUAUGGCGAAAUUGAGUAUUGGUUUUCCUUUAUUAAAGUUUUCACCGUGGUGGUGUUCAUUAUCAUUGGUCUCUGUGUCGAUACCGGUACCAUUGGCGGCGAAUACAUCGGUGUCAGAAAUUUCCAUCUUCCCGGUGGUUCGUUCCCAAAUGGUUUCUUGGGCGUGUUCAACGUUUUGCUGACGGCUGCCUUCUCAUUCAACGGUGUUGAAAUCGUCGGUAUCGCUGCUGGAGAAUCUGCCAACCCUCACAAGACCGUACCAACUGCAGUGAAACAAGUGUUUUACCGCAUUGUAUUGUUCUAUAUUCUGUCCAUUCUCGUCAUUGGUCUCUGUAUACCUUAUACCGACCCGAAUUUGCUGGAGGGCUCACACGAUAUUGCCGUCAGUCCUUUUACACUUGUGUUCAAGAAGGCCGGAGCUUCCUGGGCCGCCGAUAUGAUGAAUGCGAUUAUUCUGAUUACUAUGAUCUCUGCUGGUAACUCUGGUGUGUAUUCCUCCAGUCGUACUCUGUUGGCUUUGGCUGAGAACGGCUACGCUCCGCGUUUCUUCACGCGAGUCAACCGUUGGGGCAUUCCGUUUUGGUCCGUUCUGGCUACCUGCUGCGUGGGUUGCUUGGCUUUCCUGACAAGUUUGUUUGGCUCUGGCAUUGUCUUCAAUUGGCUUACCAAUCUGACCUCGUUGGCCGGUUUGAUCACCUGGGUUUCCAUUUCCAUUACUCACAUUCGUUUCCGCCAAGGCUACAAUUCGCAAGGCCGCUCUCUUUCGGCCUUACCGUACGUUGCUCCUUUAUUUCCUUUCUGCGAUAUUUUCGUCAUCAUUCUCGGCGCCAUCAUCAUCUUUGGCCAAGGCUACAAACACUUUAUUGCUCCCAUCUACGCGCCCAAUAUUGUCGCUUCGUACAUUGGCCUUAUUCUCGCCGUGCUUCUCUACUGCGGUCACAAGAUCUUCCGACGACCCAGUUUUGUCAAGAACCAUGAGAUGAAUUUCGAGGAAGGCACCAUCAAACCUGCCGUCCUUGAAGUGGAUUAUGAUGAAAAAGACGGUGUCACCGCCCAGCGUGCUCCUUUGUGGAAACGCGUCAUUCAAAAGAUCUUUGACGUUAUCGCAUAAAAUUUACCAUCACUUGUACUAUAUAUUUAACCUUUUAAUAAGCCAUCUAGCUGUAAACUAUUACUGUACCAUCCUAUUAUUUUAUUUACAAUAAAUAGACCACCUUUCUCUGUGUAUGCAUGUUGACCAUCUGGCGUCUUUAUAAAUACAUGCUGUUUGCUCUUAACAAUGUAUGAUUGGAGUAU